AUGUCGAAGAGACAACAACCUUCGAGAGGCAGCACGCAAGAAUUUGCUAAAUCUGCCCAUAAUACGCCUAACAAAGUAAGUAAUUCAGAAAAUAAGACACCUAAGACAUCUAAGAAAGCAAUGACAUCUGAAAACCCAGAAGAAAUUAGCAAAAUCGACGAGUUAUACACCAUGAUGAAAUCUGUUAUGGUGAAAUUGGAGACGCUCGACUUGAUCAACGAGCGCAUUUUAUCUGUCGAGCAAAACGUGAAGAGCCUGACUAAGUCCAUGGAGUUUGCUCACGCAGAAAUCGCUAAUAUCAAGGAGGAGAUGAAACAGAGAAAAAAAACGGAAGAAAAAAACGUGACGAGGAUUGGGGAACUCGAAGAGUCAAACAAGAGGCUUCAAGAAACCGUGGUCGACCUUAAAGCAAGAUCAAUGCGGGACAACCUACUGUUCCACAACAUCGAGGAAUCCGACGAAGAAGAUUGCGCUGAG